AUGGCAUCGCCCGUCUCACAGAAGCUGGAGGAGAAGCUGGUGUGCUCCAUCUGCCUGGAGCUGUUCCGGGUGCCCGUCACCUUGCCCUGCGGGCACAACUUCUGCAAGCGCUGCAUCAAUGGCCACUGGCACAAGCAAGAGCAGGCGCCCGCCAGGGCCGAGAAGGGCUACACCUGCCCCGAGUGCCGCAGGGCCUUCGAGCAGCACCCGGAGCUGGAGAAGAACGUCACCCUGUGCAGCGUGGUGGAGCUGGCGCGGGACGGCGAGGCACGGGUCUCGGGCACAGAGAGGUGUGAGGUGGCCCAUGGCGAGCUGUGCCCGCAGCACGGGCGCCCGCUGGAGUUGUACUGCGAGGAGGAGCGGCGGUGCAUCUGCUGUGUCUGCACUGUCCGGCAGUGCCAGCAGCACCGGCGGGUGCUCUUUGAGGAGGAGCGCUCUAAAAAGCAGGCCCUUUUGAAAGAGUCCCUGGAAAAAGCCGAGGAGGAAUCGGAGAGGAUCGAGCGGGCGAUGCAGGAGCUGGAGGAACGAAUGCACAGCAUCAAGGACUCCUCCGAGGGGCUCCAGUCGGUGAUUCUGAGCAAAUUCGCCCUCCUGAGGAAAGCCCUGGAGGAUUGCCAGUGGCAGACGGUGGCCAGGAUCGAGCAAGAGCAGGCAGCGGCGCUCGGGCGUGUGGAGGAGGACUGGAGCCUCCUGAAGGACCGCCUGGACGUCCUCGGCCAGCACAGGGAGAGGGCUCAGCGCCUGCUGGCCUGCCCCGACCACAGGACCUUUCUCCAGGAGUUCCCCCUGCUCCCACCUCCAGAGAGCCCGGAGGCGCUGCUCCCCAUGGAGUUUGAUGUGGCCGGCGUGGUCAAGCCCAUCACUGACGUCCUCACCAACAUCUCCAGGCUCCUGCUGGAGGACCUGCCCGGCUCCGUGGCCCCCAAAGCCCCCGACCCCGUUGGCCAAGGCCCGGUGCAUCCCCAGAGGCCGGCAGUGAAGGUGGUGGCUGCUCUCCCCCAGUGCCAGCUCCGAGCUGAGCUUCUGAAGGACCACUGCAACCUGACCUUCGAUCCCGAGACGGCCAACAGGUACCUGGAGCUGUCAAAAGGUAACCGGAAAGCUAAGCACGGCCCCAGCGCCAUCCACGGGCGGCAGGAGCAGGGACCCCGCUUCGAGCCCUGGCAGGCGCUGUGCACGCAGGGCUACAGCCACGGCCACCACUACUGGGAUCUGAAGAUCUCCAGCCACUCCGUCGUCCUGGGGGUCACCUACCGCAGCCUCCCCCGGCAGUGGCAGCAGGGCCACAAGUUCAACAUCGGGAUGGACGGGGGCUCGUGGGGGCUGCAGGUGCGGGAGGAUUGUUACCUGGCCUGGCACAAGGGCCGGGCGGAGAAAAUCCAGGAGCUGCUGUAUAAGACCCUGGGGGUCUGCCUGGAUUACGGCAAGGGGCUCCUCUCCUUCUACGGCCUCGGGGAGAGGAUGCGGCUCAUCCACUCCUUCCACAACGUCUUCACCGAGCCCCUCUAUCCUGUCUUUUGGCUGUGCGAGGGGCGAGCGGUGACGCUGUGCCAGAGGGACUGA